AUGGUAGGCGCUCCAGAUUCCAAAGCCCAUGCCUCUGAGCAAGCUAUCCCAGAGACAGUAGGAUCAUUUGUAAAAAAAACACAGCAGGAUAAUGACUCCAAAGAGUUUUUGGGAUGCAUGUGCCGGACAGGCAGGUUUAUUACACAGGUAAAUGCGUGCCAUGGUGGUUUGCUGCACCUGAUGACCCAUCGCCUAGCAGCCGGGCUGAGAGGAGCGUGCCUCUCUCCUCUCUCCACCACGACGUGUGCUCACCCACUGAUAUCGGUGUACUCCGAAAAGGGGGAGUCAUCUGGCAAAAAUGUCACUUUGCCUGCUGUAUUCAAGGCUGUUAUUCAACCAGAUAUUGUGAACUUUGUUCACACCAACUUGCACAAAAACAACAGACAGCCCUACGCUGUCAGUGAAUUAGCAGGUCAUCAGACCAGUGCUGAGUCUUGGGGUACUGGCAGAGCUGUGGCUUGAAUUCCCAGAAUUCGAGGUGGUGGGACUCACCGCUCUGGCCAGGGUGCUUUUGGAAACAUGUGUCGUGGAGGCCGAAUGUUUGCACCAAUCAAAACCUGGCGCCGUUGGCAUCGUAGAGUGAACACAGCCCAAAAACGAUAUGCCAUCUGUUCUUCCCCGGCUGCCUCAGCCCUACCAGCUCUGGUCAUGUCUAAAGGUCAUCAUAUUAAGGAAGUUCCUGAACUUCCUUUGGUAGUCGAAGAUAAAGUUGAAGGCUACAAGAAGACCAAGGAAGCUGUUUUGCUCCUUAAGAAACUUAAAGCCUGGAAUGAUAUCAAAAAGGUCUAUGCCUCUCAGCGAAUGAGAGCUGGCAAAGGCAAAAUGAGAAACCGUCACCGUAUCCAGCGCAGGGGCCUGUGCAUCAUCUAUAAUGAGGAUAAUGGUAUCAUCAAGGCCUUCAGAAACAUCCCUGGAAUUACUCUGCUUAAUGUAAGCAAGCUGAACAUUUUGAAGCUUGCUCCUGGUGGGCGUGUGGGACGUUUCUGCAUUUGGACUGAAAGUGCUUUCCAGAAGUUAGAUGAAUUGUAUGGCACUUGGUGUAAAGCCGCUUCCCUCAAGAGUAACUACAAUCUUCCCAUGCACAAGAUGAUUAAUACAGAUCUUAGCAGAAUCUUGAAAAGCCCAGAGAUCCAAAGAGCCCUUCGGGCACCACGCAAGAAGAUUCCUUGCAGAGUCCUAAAGAAGAACCCACUGAAAAACUUGAGAAUCAUGUUGAAGCUAAACCCAUAUGCAAAGACCAUGCGCCGGAACACCAUUCUUCGCCAGGCCAGGAAUCACAAGCUCCAGGUGGAUAAGGCAGCUGCUGCAGCAGCAGCACUAGAAGCCAAAUCAGAUGAGAAGGCGGUGGUUGCAGGCAAGAAGCCUGUGGUAGGUAAGAAAGGAAAGAAGGCUGCUGUUGGUGUUAAGAAGCAGAAGCAGCCUCUGGUGGGAAAAAAGGCAGCAGCUACCAAGAAACCAUCCCCUGAAAAGAAGCCUGCAGAAAAGAAACCUACUAUAGAGGAAAAGAAGUCUGCUGGAUAAACUCUUAAAUUUGAUUAUUCCAUAAAGGUCAAAUCAUUUUGGACAGCUUCUUUUGAAUAAAGACCUGAUUAUACAGGCAGUGAGA